AUGUCUUCCCAACAACAAAUCCUCCACCUCCCCUCCUCGGGCCGCACGCUCUCCUACGCCACCUACGGCUCCACGCUCCCCACGGCGCCCACCAUCCUCUACUUCCACGGCUUCCCGGCCUCGCACGCCGAAGCCGCGCUGUACCACGGGGCCGCCCUGCGCCGCGGCGUCCGCAUCAUCGCGCCGGACCGGCCCGGCAUGGGCGCCUCGUCGUUCGCGGCCGACCGCGCCAUCGCCGACUGGCCGCGCGACGUGCUGGCGCUGGCGGACGCGCUGGGCGUGCGCCGCUUCGCCGUGCUGGGCGUCAGCGGCGGUGCGCCGUACGCGCUGGCAUGCGGCGCUGCGCCGGAGGAGGAGCUGCGUGAGAGGCUCGUCGCCGUCGGCGUCGUGGCGGGCUUGUAUCCCGCGAACCUGGGGCUGGCCGGCAUGCUGCCGGAUGCGCGCGCGCUGCUGUGGGUCGCGCCGUGGUGGACGGGCUUGGUGCGCUGGGCGCUGGAGUGGGGGCUGGGCGCGGCGGCGGCGCGGGCGGCCGAGGGCGACGGGGGCGCGGCGCUGGAGGAGGUGCUGGGGAGGGGGAUGAUCGGACGGCCCGAGGCGGACAGGAGGGUUUGGAACGAGGAUGAGGCCGGGUUCCGGGGGUGCUUGGUUGAGAGCGUGAGGGGCGCGGUGCCGGGGGGCAGUGCCGAGGGAGCGGCGCGGGAGGCGAGGUUGUUUGGGAGCGAUUGGGGGUUUGGGCUGGACGAGGUGGAGGUGAAGGGCGAGGGACGGAGAAUCGUGCUGUGGCAUGGUGCGUUGGAUGUGAAUAGCCCCGUUGCGAUGGCGGAGAAGGCGGCGGCUUUGAUUGGCGGCGGCGCCGAGUUGAGGGUUGAGCCGGACGAGGCGCAUGCGUCGUUGACGGUGCACAAGGUGGACGAGGUGCUAGACACGUUGAUGGCCUUCUUUUGGUGA